CACACAAUGCACUGCACGGCUGACAAGGGUUGUGUCUCCCUGAUUUUCACGAUAAAUUUCCAAUUCAGUGGAAACUUGUGAAGGGACAGCAGCGGAGCCGUUCUGUUUCUCUCUUCAUAUAUUUACAUUCUGGAUUCAGCGAGAAUAAAACAUCUUUGACUGGAAACGUCGGCGAGGGGUCCAACUAAUCCUAAACAGUGGAUUACACAGUGAAGGCUGCAUGAAGGAGCUGCCCAGCCCAACGGGGGCUUGGCCGACACCCUCGUUAAUGGAAAUCGACUCCGAGGCUCUCAAAUUUGGGCCUUGAUUUUUUUCUUUAUGAUGGAGUGGAAACUACAGAAGAGUUUUGCGUGAAGAAGCGAGAUGUCAUAAUUAUAUCGGCGAUUGGUUGUAAAAAUCUUCCGUAUUCCUUCCGCUUCCUUAAAAAAAAUUAAAGGUCUUGCUUUGGUGGCUAACAGCUGGAUCGGCUAAUGCUAGCUAGCCGGAGUGCUAACGUUACGUCUUUCUUUUGAUGUGAUGCGAAUUCAACCAUUUCUAUCGGCCAUCAACAAUCCGGCUGGGGAAAAUCAAGCUCUACUCGUCUGAGACUGUUAGUUAGCUCCGUUUUGUUCUAUCCGGCGUGUCAGUCUUUACAUAUACAUUGUAAGAAUAUAGUUUUAUUCUUAGGUUGUAAGCUGAAUAUAUUGUAUUGAGUUAGCUGUGUACAAGCUAACCAAAUGAGCAAAGGCUAAUUGGCUACACUGACCUAUCAGCUAGCGUUAGCGCUGAUUACUUAAACUCAAAAAGACAGGUCAAUUUACUCCUCGGUUUGGGAGUAAUUUACAUUAGAUGUCAAUAACAAUACCUUAAAUGUAAUAUUAACGCUGUGAUGUGUGAUAUUGUCGGAUAUUCGGCCCUGCUAACAAGCUAACCGUCUAAUUUUGCUAACAGGCAAAUAAAUUUGUCAGCGUGAGCAGAAAUUUACGAAAUCUAGGACGUGUGAGUUGUAUUGAGCAAUGCCCAUGUUAGUUUGGGUUUAAUUUUGAAAUCAAUCCAAAGGCGAUUUGGCCUGCUUUGUCUAUAACACGAAAAGCCUUGUCCUUUUUUUUGUUUACAUGCGUAUAACUUAUGUGGGUUGAAUUUCUUGCUGGCUAGCUAAUGUUAGCCGUCUACGAGACUCAAUCUGCUAUGUCCUGACAUCAGCGAGGGUCGUGGAUGUUUUAAAUUCCUAUGUGGAUCUCGGAUUUAUUUCGGAUUAAUUGAAAUGACUCUAAAAUUUCGCCGAAAGAAAGGCUCUGAUGCCAAUAGACUGUUGUCAAAGGACGGUAAAUAAUAGCCACUGGUUCCAUUAACGCCAUUUUAACUGGGAGGGCCUGCCUGCCUGUGUGGUGGGGUUUUAUUUAGGGUUCGGUGCCUUCCACCGGGAAGGACCGGGACUUGAACAAAGUGCCUUUGGCCUCACAGGAGUUACUAAAGGAGGAGUCGUCUGAACAUGGAGGGCCCGAGCAGGAGCACUGGGUUCAGGCAGAGCCGACGGUCCCGAUCACAGCGCGACAGGGAGCGGCGGAGGAGGAGAGUGGACCUGGCUGUGGAGAGGGCCACAUCCCUGUCCUCAGGCUCCGAUCGGGAGGCUGGGGGGACUAACAGUGUGCUGGGUCCCGGAGGGAGAGAAAGCCGGCCUGGUUUUGGGAGACACAGGCCUCCACGAAGGAGGAAGAGAGAGUCUGUGUCCUGCGAGGAAGACAUCAUUGAUGGCUUUGCUAUUGCAAGCUUCAUUAGCCUGGAGGCUCUGGAGAUGGACUGCUCUCUGAAGCCCAGUCAGCGCUCUGACAUGCUGGGAAGAAGGAACAAGGGGAAGAGGGGUCCAGAGGAGAACGGUGGAGGGCCGCUGUCCGAGCCGGAGGAAGGAGCCCCGCACAGCCACUCCAGCAGCAAGAGCAGGAAUAAAAGGAGGAGGAUAGAGGGACAUCCUUUGGAGACCGGCUACAUUUGUGACACUGAGAGUGACACGGGAGAUAAGGCUUCUGACAAUGACAUGGACCCAGUUUUUACAGUCAGUACAAGGAAAGUUGUGGAGCCCAGCGUCUCCAGGCUGAUGGUGACCCCGAGGGUAUCCGGCCUGGAGCGGAGUCAGGAGAAAAACCUGGAGCCACAUUUCCCAGAGCCUCUCUCUCUUUCUACCUCUUCUGCCCCCUUCUGUAUGCCUUCCCACUCCCCGGUCACAGCCUCAGACACCGUGCCCCGGCGCAGCCCUUUCAACGGCAACAAUAGCCGCCACCACAACGGCAGCCCGCCACUUUCCAAACCCAAAUCCUUCCUCACAUUGCCUGGACGAUCUCACCCCAUCUACAACAGCAGGAGCAGCACCCCUGUCAAACCUCCCUCUUCUUCUUCAUCUAUUGCGUCUUCCACAUCCUCCAUGCGGCCCCCGACUCCCUCCACCAGUGUGUCGGUGCCCUACAUCAGGGGCCCGGGAUCCUCAGGGCCCCUAAGACCCCCAUCUCGAGCCAGCUCAGGAGCGCUGUACACGUCUUCACCCGGUCUGCCUCCUCCUCCUCCUCUGCUGCAGAAACCUACCCACUCGUCAUCGGCAGAGCGUGAGGGCAGGCGCAGCGUCCCCGGGGCUGAGAACAGCACAUCAGCUGCAGGCCACUCCACUCCGGGCGGUCCGUCAGCGACGAGCUCCACAGCUGGUUCCUCGGGCAGGACGUCUCAGAGCCAGCCGAUCCCAGCGCUGGCCUUCCAGUUCCAUCAGCACAACCACCAGCACCAACACACGCACACGCACCAACACUUCACGCCCUUCCUGCACCCCACGGCCACCGCACCGCCUCUGUUUGAUAAGUAUCCAGGCAAAAUGGACGGGCUCUACCGACAUCCAUUCUUCCCACAGUAUCCUCCGCCCUCAGUGCCGAGUAUCCAGCCUGUGAUUCCUCCCACUGGGCCUUUCAGCUCCUUGCAAGGAGCGUUUCAGCCAAAGCCUCUUGUCCCUCAGGGAACGGGUCCUGAUAUAACCGCACGACUCGGGGUUGUGCCUCACCACCUGCAGCCCAAAGACCCCAGGCUAACUGAUCCAUUUGGGACAUCGUUGAAAGUCAGUAAUAAACCAGGAAAAUGGUGCGCUAUGCAUGUGUAUUUGGCCUGGAUGAUUCUUAGCCAUCAGAAAAAAGUAAAGCUGAUGCAGGCUGAUCCUCACAAGCUGGACUUCCGUAGUGACCUGCUGGCCCGCUUUCCUGGAGCUGGGGGUCUGGGUCCCCUGGGGUCCAUAGGAGGAGCCCUGCCUCCCACUCAUGAUCUGACGAGACCUCCAAGUCUCUUCUCAGCCACAGGGCCAGUCAAUCCGUCCUCAGCUCCCUUCAUCUCUCCAUCAACGCCACACUCUUCCUUCCUCGCACCGACUGCACAUUUGGAUCCAUAUGGUCGAUCUCCACCCUUCACCCCACUGGGAGCCCUUGGUUCUGGUGCCUUUGGAGGACUUGGCAGCCCAACACUGGCGGGCUCUGUGUUCGGCCCUAAAGACUCUUCGCCGAGUGUCGUCGGAGGCCUGCCCACACCCAACCAUCACGACCCCUGGAACCGUCUACACGGCGGCCCUUCAGGCUUCUCUGCUGGUCCCAGCUGGGCUAAAGGUGCAGACAAGAGGGACGAGAGGGAUCGAAUGAAGGAUGGAGAGAGGAGAGAUAUUCCCCACAUCAAGGAUGAAAAGGACAGAGACAACAUGCUGUACGGCCGACAACCUGUGAGAAUGUCUCCAGUCGCCCCCUCCUUCAAGCCCCGCAGUAGCACCCCAGUCUCCCACAUCAACGGCCACAGCAGUUCCCUGGGGGGGAGCAGCGGACCCAUCGAUGACCUGACACGCAGCCUGAACAGAGACCGAGACCGCGAGCGAGACAGAGAUGGGGACAAGAGGCUGCUACAGACGUCAUCUUCUCGAGGCCUUCCUCUGGGCUCUUCAUCGUUAGUAGCAGACAGAGACAGGCCGCGGUCUUCCUCAUCCUCUGUGCUCACCACUCCCCCACCCUCUAACCGCUCUGCCCCAUCUCCCCUGGACGUUUACCCUCGCUCUCUGGCCUCAACGGCACACAACCACCACAACGACUCAUCACACUCACAAAGAGACGGCAGCAUCCCCUCUUCCUCCACAGCUUCUGCCUCCAUCACUUCUUUGUCUCAGGCCAAGAAGUCUGACCGGACUACAACCCCUGUCUCCAAACCUCCGCUGCUCCUCCCGCCUGUUAAAGUCAAAGAGGAGCGGAAGGAGGAGCCGGAGCACAUCCCCAUCACCCUGCCUCCCCCAGUGCCCAACCACAGUUUUGACCGCCCCAACAGCCACCCACACCACCCGACAUCUGGCACCCCCUCCUCCUCCUCUUUGUCACUGACUCCCACCCCCGGUGUCCCACUCCUCCCCCAUACUCCAAACCCUCCACAUCAACACCUCUCCCUGCUGGACCGCUCCAGAGCCAUCGAGGCGUAUCUGGGGAGCACAGGAGCUGCAGGGUUGGUAUUGGGUCCAGGAGGAGAACGCUUCGCCCACGGUCCAGGCCAGGGGCCAUCACAGGGUCCGCAUAGCUUCACAUGGGACCCCUUGAGGGAGCUGGCAGCUCAGCAGCAACAUCAGCACCGCAGGGAGGCUUUGGCACUUCGUACGGACCCUCACCUGGCCCUGCGCUCUGAUCCACACCUGGCCCGGCUGCUCCAGCAUCAGCGCCUUCUGGAGGCAGAGAGGGCGGCAGCCGUAGCAGCUGCGGCGGCAGCAGCCAACCCUCACCACCCUCUGACAUCUACCUCUACCGCCUCCUCCUCUGCUGUCCGCCAGGAGUUUGGCCUGAUGGCCCACCCCUUUGAGCGGCCUCACCUUGGACCCCCAGGAGGAGGACUGAUGGACGAGGAGCAGCGUGCCCAGAUUCUGAGGGAAGACUUUGAGCGGGCCCGCUUCUUCGGGAUGCACCCACACCUCCCUGCAGGCUCCCACCUCUCGAGCCCCUCUCAUGCUGCUACUGCCGCUCACCUGGAGCAGCUCCACCCUGGCCUUCUCUCCCACUCCCUUCCUCACGGAGGCCCUGCCUCCCAGCACCAUCCUGGCCUCUACGCCCGCCUAGGCCCUCUGAACCCUCACCACGUGCCGAAUGGCAUCCUGGAAAAGACCCCUGCGGGCUUGGUGGGAGCUCUGUCGGUGGGGGCACCGCCUCCACUUAUUCCGUCCAUCACCAGCCGCUCGUCCACGCCUCCCCGCAGCUCUCGACUCGGAGGGCCGGGUGAGCUGGCUCUGUACAGCGCCCACAAAGACGGAGAGUCCAGAUAGUACAGGGACAACACUGGAGGAGAUGAAGGGAAUUGUCAGGAUCACCGUGCUGCUCUCAACCUGCCCCCUUUUCCUCUUGCAGACUGAUAAACCCUCCCAGUUACGCAACAACCAGGUCCAGUCCUCUUUAAAUGGGGCGGCGUGACCGUCUGGAGGUGAUGUUGGGGAGGGGAAUGCAAGACUUGGAAUAUGCGCAAUGGUUCUAUCAGUGCAAUUGAAAGGUACAUGGUUUCUGUGCAUCCUUGGUGUAUUUUUAUUUUAUACUGGCUGUUGGUUACUACAGUAGUCAUUUUCUAAAGCUGUAUGAAGAGGCAGAGGACAGCUUCGGUUUUUGUUUUUUCAUUUGUCAUGUGAAUUUUGAUCCAUGCUCUUCAGCAAGCCUUUCCAGAUGGAUUGGAAAUGACUUCCAGAGGGAUGUACACUGUGAAACGUGUCAAGGGUUCAUCCUGGGAUACUAUAAAAGCCCUGUUCUACAUAAAUCAACCCUGAUUAGGUAUUGUGGAUGAGGGUCUUUAGAAAAACAGUGGUAAAGUGGUGCUUUUCUGUUCUGUCUUUGUGUCUUUGUCAUUGUGAAAAGACAACAUCACUGAUGAGACCAUUUUAAGGAAGAUUGAUAAGCAUCGCAACUCAGUUUCCUGCUUUACCCCAAAAAUCUAAAACCCUUCAAAGCUUCACUGAUGAGAUUCAACCCUUUUGGCUCCUUUUUUUGUUUAAAAUGAUGAAUGAACUGUGCUAAACUGUGUGAGUGAACACAGUAUUUUAGAGCUUCCUGUUACUGUUUUCCCAGUCUCCUCUUGACUAUAUAUGUGCAGGACCAGAUUAUAGUAGUCUAGAGAAAUUGCCUUUGUAAUUAUUAUUCUUAACAUUAAUUAUCUUCUAUAAUAAUAAAUAUAUUCACUGUUAUGUUAUUUGUCUUUGUUUCGGGUAUCAACCAGAACUCUCUCCCCAGGCUGUAAUCUGUUUCAGGUCGUGCAAAAGGCUCGCUUCACGGGAAACUUUUUACUGCUUGUGAACAUGAAGCCGUAUCCAUUGCAGCCCCUGGCCUCUUCAAGGAUCUCAUCUAUGACUGUUUCACGCUGAGAGGGAGGUUUGCCUGUGUGUCAUUGGUUGUGUGUUCUAUCCAUUUGGGACUUUGGGAGCCUUGUACAUUGAAUUGUCGAAGUUGGUUCAUCAACAAAAAUAAGUUAUAUACAUGGAUAAGUGGGACAUCUGCUGAAGAACUGAAAAAAUAUAUGUACUUGUGUCAAAGGACAACUAGACAGUGGGUAUCCUGAGAGGGAAAAGACUGGGUCGAUUAUUUUAAUAUGACCAUUUUAUACCUUUCAAACCCCUCCCCUAGAGACCACAAAG